AUGUCGAGAGUGGGUGUUUUAGUUUUAGGCCCUGCAGGUGCUGGUAAGUCUACUUUCUGUAAUUCUAUCAUUACUCACAUGCAAAGUAUCGGCCGUAGAGCACACAUUGUAAACUUAGACCCUGCAGCAGAGGCAACGAAGUAUGAGUUCACUAUAGAUAUAAGAGAUUUGAUAUCUUUGGAAGAUGUUAUGGAGGAAUUCGGCUUGGGACCAAACGGUUCUUUGAUUUACUGCUUUGAAUACUUGCUCAACAAUUUGGACUGGUUAGAUGAAGAAAUUGGAGAUUAUAAUGAUGAAUAUUUAAUAUUCGAUUGCCCUGGCCAGAUCGAACUUUAUACGCAUAUUCCAGUUCUUCCCACGAUUGUUCGUCAUCUUCAAAACCAAUUGAAUUUUAACCUCUGUGCAACGUACUUACUUGAAGCUCCAUUUGUAAUAGAUACCUCGAAAUUUUUCAGUGGAGCUCUAAGUGCCAUGUCAGCCAUGAUUCUAUUAGAAUUGCCACAUAUCAAUAUUCUCAGUAAGUUAGAUUUGGUAAAGGACUCGCAUAAUAAGAAGACCCUAAAGAAAUUUUUGAACCCAGAUCCAUUACUAUUAACUGAUAAAGUGAACGAAGAAACUAAUCCAAGAUUCCAUAAGCUAAACGAGGCAAUAGCCAAUUUGGUUGAUGACUUUGGCAUGGUGCAAUUUUUACCACUAGAAGCAAAAAAUACAGAAAGUGUAGCUACCAUAUUGAGCUAUAUCGAUGACGUUACUCAGUGGGCAGAGGCACAAGAACCUAAAGAACCCAAUGAUCAAAUCGAGAUAGAUGAUAUGUAA